GGAAACCCCAGCCGCGUCUCCGCCCCAGCCUGGCCCCUGCGGCCGGGAGGGGUCGGCCUGAAGCCGGGGGGUUUGUGCUGCGUGCGACCUGGUUCCCGUUAACUGGGUUGUCAUCUUCCCGACUCCAGGGCAGCUUCCCUUAUUCCUGUCUCAGGUUCCCCUUCUCCCUCCCCGGCCUCCCGCGCUCUCCGAUUGCAUUUUUCAGAGUUAUUGCGGGAGGGCUAAGACACCCAGGAAACCUGUAGUGAAAAAAGGAUCCCAAACGAAUCUUAAAGACCCAGUUGGGGUAUACUGUAGGGUGCGCCCACUGAGCUUUCCCGAUCAAGAGUGUUGCAUAGAAGUGAUCAAUAAUACAACUGUUCAGCUUCAUACUCCUGAGGGCUACAGGCUCAACCGAAAUGGAGACUAUAAGGAGACUCAGUAUUCAUUUAAACAAGUAUUUGGCACUCAUACUACCCAGAAAGAGCUCUUUGAUGUUGUGGCUAAUCCCUUGGUAGAUGACCUCAUUCAUGGCAAAAAUGGUCUUCUUUUUACAUAUGGUGUGACGGGGAGUGGUAAAACUCACACAAUGACCGGUUCUCCAGGGGAAGGAGGGCUGCUUCCUCGUUGUUUGGACAUGAUCUUUAACAGUAUAGGAUCAUUUCAAGCUAAGCGAUAUGUUUUUAAAUCUAAUGAUAGGAACAGUAUGGAUAUCCAGUGUGAGGUUGAUGCCUUACUAGAACGUCAGAAAAGAGAAGCCCUGCCCAUUCCAAAGACCCCCUCUAGCAAACGACAAAUAGAUCCAGAGUUUGCAGAUAUGAUAACUGUACAAGAAUUCUGCAAAGCAGAAGAGGUUGAUGAAGAUAGUGUCUAUGGUGUAUUUGUCUCUUAUAUUGAAAUAUAUAAUAAUUAUAUAUAUGAUCUAUUGGAAGAGGUGCCAUUUGAUCCCAUAAAGCCCAAGUGGAACAGUUGCAGCACACCCAUGAGGAACACAGAUUUUGUACCUCCACAAUCUAAAUUGCUUCGUGAAGAUAAGAACCAUAACAUGUAUGUUGCAGGAUGUACAGAAGUAGAAGUGAAAUCUACUGAGGAGGCUUUUGAAGUUUUCUGGAGAGGCCAAAAAAAGAGACGUAUUGCAAACACCCAUUUGAAUCGUGAGUCCAGCCGUUCCCACAGUGUGUUCAACAUUAAAUUAGUUCAGGCUCCCUUAGAUGCAGAUGGAGACAAUGUCUUACAGGAAAAAGAGCAAAUCACUAUAAGCCAGUUGUCCUUGGUAGAUCUUGCUGGAAGUGAAAGAACUAACCGGACCAGAGCAGAAGGGAACAGAUUACGUGAAGCUGGUAACAUUAAUCAGUCAUUAAUGACACUGCGAACAUGUAUGGAUGUCCUGAGAGAGAACCAAAUGUAUGGAACUAACAAGAUGGUUCCCUAUCGAGAUUCAAAGUUAACCCAUCUGUUCAAGAACUACUUUGACGGGGAAGGCAAAGUGCGUAUGAUUGUGUGUGUAAAUCCAAAGGCUGAGGAUUAUGAAGAAAGCUUGCAAGUCAUGAGAUUUGCAGAAGUAACCCAAGAAGUUGAAGUAGCAAGACCAGUAGACAAGGCAAUAUGUGGUUUAACACCUGGGAGGCGAUAUAGAAACCAGGCUCGAGGUCCAGUUGGAGAUGAACCAUUGGUUACCGACAUGGUUUUACAGAGUUUUCCACCUUUGCCAUCGUGUGAAAUUUUGGAUAUCAAUGAUGAGCAUACACUUCCAAAGCUGAUUGAAGCCUUAGAAAAACGACAUCAGCUACGACAAAUGAUGAUUGAUGAGUUUAAUAAGCAAUCUAAUGCUUUUAAAGCUUUGUUACAAGGAUUUGACAGUGCUGUUUUAAGUAAAGAAAACUACAUUCAAGGAAAACUAAAUGAAAAAGAAAAGUUGAUCUCAGGACAGAAAUUGGAAAUAGAACGACUGGAAAAGAAAAACAAAACUUUAGAAUAUAAGAUCGAGAUUUUAGAGAAAACAACCACUAUCUAUGAAGAAGAUAAACGCAAUCUGCAACAGGAACUUGAAACCCAGAAUCAGAAACUUCAGCGACAAUUUUCUGACAAACGCAGAUUAGAAGCCAGGUUGCAAGGCAUGGUAACAGAAACAACAAUGAAAUGGGAGAAAGAAUGCGAGCGUAGAGUGGCAGCCAAACAACUAGAGAUGCAGAAUAAACUCUGGGUCAAAGAUGAAAAACUGAAACAACUGAAGGCUAUUGUUACUGAACCCAAAACGGAAAAGCCAGAGAGACCCUCUCGGGAGCGAGAUCGAGAAAAAGUUACUCAAAGAUCUGUUUCUCCAUCGCCAGUUCCUCUUUCUAGUAACUAUAUUGCUCAGAUUUCCAACGGCCAGCAACUCAUGAGCCAGCCACAGCUACAUAGGCGCUCUAACUCUUGCAGCAGCAUUUCUGUAGCUUCCUGUAUUUCGGAAUGGGAGCAGAAAAUUCCUUCGUACAACACACCUCUCAAUGUCACAUCUAUUGCAAGGCGUAGGCAGCAGGAGCCAGGACAAAGUAAAACUUGUAUCGUGUCAGACAGAAGGCGAGGGAUGUACUGGACUGAAGGCAGGGAGGUGGUUCCUACAUUCAGAAAUGAGAUAGAAAUAGAAGAGGAUCCUUGCUGCAGGAACGUACCACCAAUUCGUCUCCGACACAGACGAUCACGCUCUGCGGGAGACAGAUGGGUAGAUCAUAAGCCUGCCUCUAACGUGCAAACUGAAACAGUCAUGCAGCCACAUGUCCCUCAUGCCAUCACAGUAUCUGUUGCAAAUGAAAAGGCACUAGCUAAGUGUGAGAAGUACAUGCUGACCCACCAGGAACUAGCCUCCGAUGGGGAGAUUGAAACUAAACUAAUUAAGGGUGAUGUUUACAAAACAAGGGGUGGUGGACAAUCUGUUCAGUUUACUGAUAUUGAGACUUUAAAGCAGGAAUCACCAAGUGGUAGUCGAAAACGAAGAUCUUCCACAGUAGUACCUGCCCAGCCAGAUGGCACAGAGUCUGAAUGGACCGAUGUAGAAACAAGGUGUUCCGUGGCUGUGGAGAUGAGAGCAGGAUCUCAGCUGGGACCUGGAUAUCAGCAUCAUGCACAACCCAAGCGCAAGAAGCCAUAAACUGAUAGUCCCUGGAGUGAAAGAACAUUUUCAUUUGUGUGAGUGAUUUCUCCAAAGCCAUGCCAGAAGCAACCUUCUAAGCCAUCUUAUAGAACUCCAGCUUUGGUGAACAUCACAGACCUCAGCUACGUCAUACACUGGCCUAGGUCAAAGCUUCCCCUAUGGUUCCAAAGACAUCUAGAAUUCAACACACUUUGUAUAAUAUAUACCUUGCUGUAUUUAAUAUUAAUAGCAGAGAAAGACCCCUUUUUUCAUUGCUAUAUGAACUUUUUUAUAAUGCUUUUUUUUUUGUAUAUUUCUUGUAUACUUAUAAACUAAUUCAUGAAAGUGUUCAUCUUAGGUGAUUAAGGAAGGAUAUAUCUAGAUCACGCUUUAUUUUUUAUUGUGACUUUUCCAGCUCUGGUCUGAAUAUUUCUUAAGGUUUUAAUAACAAAUGCUGCUAUUGAUUAGCUGCAGGAAUGCACUUUAGACCUACUUGACAAUUCAAACUUUAAAAUAAAGAUGUCAGUGACUGGCCAACAAUAAAACCAUUUUAGGAUAUUAUUUUGAAUUUUGUAUGUAUAUAUUCACUUUCUGACAUUUAGAUAUGCCAAAAGAAUUGAAAUAAAAAGCACUAAGAAAUA